CUCAGAUGUCGGUCAAACACCGAUGACGCCUCUUGGCAAGUCGGGGAGAGCUUCUGCUCCGGUUCAUGCAGGCCUGUUUCCCAUGGGGGAAUUCAGUCCGACAUGGGGAGCACGUAUCGAAUGACUUAUAGCUACCUGCUUGCUUGUCUUUCGUCUGCCAAUUCACUCGACUUACUCUUAUUGCCAUCUUAUACCUAUCUUCCUGCAUGAGUGAAAAUGAGCAUGAGCAUCCUCCCCCUCUCCCAAUGGCGCAUCCCGCCCGAGCUCCUCCAGGAUCUCUCCAAAGUCAUGACCCCCACCGGGGUCGCCGACUAUGUCGCUCUCACCGUCCUCUCCAUGGCCGGCGCGACGUACCUCUCGCGCGGCCUCCUCUGGGACCAGCCCGACCCGUACGCGCACCUGGCCUUUGAGCGGCCGCAGCUGAAGCACGGCGCGGGCGCCGGGUCCGGCAGCAAGGAGACGCGGAACAUCGCGCAGAAGCUGGCCGAGACGGAGAAGGACCUCGUGGUCUUCUGGGGCUCGCAGUCCGGCACCGCCGAGGGGUUCGCCAACCGGCUGGCUCGCGAGAUCACCCUGCGGUUCGGCGUGGGCGCCUUGUCAGCCGAUCUGUCGGAUUUUGACCCCGAGAGUGUGGCGCAGAUCCCGGACUCGAAGGUCGUGGUCUUUGUGCUGUCGACGUACGGCGAGGGCGAUCCCAGUGAUAAUACGGCGGAGUUCUGGGACUGGGUCAACAAGGCGACUAAGGAGCAGGUGACGCUGCAGAAUCUGAGGUACUUUGCCUUUGGCCUGGGGAACAGUAACUACAAGUACUACAAUCGCGUGGUGGAUGUUGUGGUGGAGUCGCUGGAUCGGCUGGGCGCGAAGUCCUUGAUGCCCGUGGGACGGGCGAAUGAUGCCGAGGGCGCGACGCAGGAGGACUUUAUCGGCUGGAAGGAGUCCUUGUUUUCGGAGUUCAGCCACCAGCUGGGGUUCGAGGAGAAAGAGGUGCAGUACGUGCCUACGUUGGCGGUCCAGGAGGACGAGUCCUUGGAGCCGAUCGACCUGCACCACGGCGAGCCUGAUAACCGCGACUCGUCGCGAAUCACGGCGCAGUGCUCGCCUGUGCGGCCACUGGACAUUGCCACUUCCCGGCAGCUGUUUGAGGUUUCGGACAAGCAGCAGCAGCAACAGCGGCACUGCCUGCACAUCGAUCUGGAUCUGACCAGCCAUCCCGAGCUGAGCUAUAAGACCGGCGACCACCUGGCCAUCUGGCCGGGCAAUCCCGACGACGAGGUCGCGCGUCUCCUGCAGGUGCUCGGACGAUCCGCACGUCGCGACGCUCCCAUCAGCAUCCAGUCCGUUGACCCGGCCACGAAGGUCAAGAUUCCGUCGCCCACCAGUGCCGCCGCGCUGUUCCGAUACUACCUCGAGAUCUGCGCGCCCGUGAACCGCGACAACGUGCUCGGCCUGGCACAGUUCGCUCCCACGCCGGCCGCAAAGAGCUACCUGCUGGAACUGGGCCAGGACAAGGCGCGCUACGCCGCCUUCCUCAACCGCACGCACGUCAACCUCGGCCGACUGCUGCAACUUGCCAGCCCGGACGCCCCCUGGAGCGAGCUGCCGCUCUCAUACCUCGUCGAAACCCUCCCCCCGACCCAGCCACGCUACUACUCCAUCUCCUCCAGCAGCGUCAUCUCCCCGCGCAAGGCCUCCAUCACCGUGCUUGUCUCGUCGACCCCGGUUCCCGAGGCCCCCGAUCAACUCAUCCACGGCGUCACCUCCAACUACCUCCUCGCCAUCUCCGAGACCCUGCAUUCCUCCUCGUCACACCCCCAGGGCCUAACCUACCACCUCACCGGCCCCAACGACGCCCUCACUGGCGGCAAGGUCUUCGCGCACCUCCGCAAGAGCCGGUUCAAGCUGCCCCGGCUCGGCAGCUGCCCGCUCAUCAUGGUGGCCGCCGGCACGGGCAUCGCGCCGUUCCGCGCGUUCAUCGCCGAGCGACGCCAGCUGCAGCAGAUCGGGCGGGAGAUCGGCGAAAUGAUCCUCUUCUUCGGCUGUCGACAUCCGGACGAGGACUUCCUGUACUGCGACGAGCUGGACAGCCUGCAGACCGCGCUGGAGGGGAAGCUGCGCAUCGUGACGGCGUUCUCGCGACUCGGCGGCGCGACGCCGAAGCGAUACGUGCAGGACCGGGUCCAAGAGGUCGGCGGCGAGGUCGUCCGGCUGAUGGACGAGGGGGCGAAUUUCUACAUCUGUGGACGAGCGGGCAUGGCGAGGGAGGUGGACGCAGUGGUCGGCGGGGUCAUGAAGAAUGCCAAGGGGUGGGAGGAGGAGCAGGUGAAUGAGUGGCGGCGGGGGAUCAAGAGGCGGAACAAGUGGCAGGAGGAUGUGUGGGGGUGA